AUGAAGUUCCGAACUGCCACCCUCGCGGUCCUCGCCACCGCCGUCGCCGCCACCGAGUUUGUCACCUACGACGGCUAUCAGGUCUUCCGCGUCGCUACCGGCAGCGACUCGGCCACCGUCCAGGCCCAGCUCGAGGCUCUCGAUGCCAUUGUCGAGGAUGACCACCACGCGCCCGGCCACCUCGACGUCGCCAUCGCCCCCGAGAACCUCGACGCCUUCAAGGCCCUCGGUCUCGCGAGCGAGCUGCUCCAGGAGGAUCUCGGCGCCGACAUUGCCGCUGAGAGCCAGGGCAACGUCUACCAGCGGAGGCAAAACGAUGAUUCUACGCUGCCCGACCUGUCCUGGUGGGACUCGUACCACCCCUACGCCGAGCACGGCGACUUCUUCGACGACCUGCACGCUUCGUUCCCCAACAACUCGGAGCUUUUCGUCGCCGGCAAGUCGUACGAGGGCCGUGACAUUUACGGCAUCCACUUCUGGGGCAAGGACGGCAAGGAUGCGAACCCUGCCGUGUCGUGGCACUCGACCGUCCACGCACGCGAGUGGGUGUCUGCUCUGACGACCGAGUACCUCGCUUACAAGCUCAUCUCGGGCUACCUCGAGGGCGACAAGGGCACCCAGGCCCUCGUCGACAAGUUUGACUACUACGUCAUUCCCUUUGUGAACCCCGACGGUUUCGUCUUCACCCAGACGUCAACUCGCCUCUGGCGCAAGAACCGCCAGCCCCGUGCCAACACGACGUGCGUCGGCACCGACGGCAACCGCAACUGGCCCUUUGGCUGGCACUACCCGGGCGGCGCCUCGGACAACCCCUGCGGCGAGACCUACCGCGGCCUCGCCGCCGCUGACACGCCCGAGAUUGCCUCGCUCGUCGCCUGGACCGAGACGGUCAAGGCCAAGCACGGCGUCAAGCUCUUCAUCGACUUCCACUCCUACGGCCAGUACGCCCUGCAGCCCUACGGCUACGACUGCUCCGUCGUGCCCCCCAACUUUGACCGCCAGGUCCACGUCGCCAAGUGCUACGCCGACGCCGUCUUCGCCGUCAACGGCUCCAAGUACGUCUACGGCUCCAGCUGCCGCGAGCUCUACGCCACCACCGGCAGCGCCCCCGACUUUCCACGCCGGCGCCGUCGAGGCCGAGUUUGCCUGGACCAUUGA